GAGGCGUUAAAUAGAAAUUGGGGAUUGCUAAAAACCCUAGAAGACUCUUAACGGUCAACAGACGACGGACCAUGGCGGACCAGGAGCUCCAUCUGCUCUCAGCUUUCCUGGCUAUGGAGCCCACAGACUCUCUGAUCGGCCUGGCCAGGGAAUGCGGUGGAGGGUCGGUCACUGAGAGAGUUCAGAGGUUUAUUUGGGAGCAUUGCAUAACCAAAUAUGCGGGGAAACUACAUGCGCCUUAUCUGAGGAAGUUUCUGAAGAAGCUUAUUGCUGAAGUUGAGUUGAACCACGGUGAUGUGAUUGAUGAGUUAUACGAACAUUAUGCACAUUACAUGACUACUUUGAAGGAGAAUGAUUUGGAGAAAGAUAAUGCAAGGGUCUUCAAGUACAUUUCAUUUCUUUUUCCUGAUGGUUGUCUUGAACUUUCAAGAUGUUUGGAAUCAAGGAAACUGAUGGUGCAGCUGCAAUGUUCUCUCAACAUGCUUGAAGGAGAUACUGGGUGUUCAGUCUGGCCAUCAAGUCUUCUCUUGUCAGAGUGCAUACUUUCAUUUCCAGAAUUGUUCUCUAAUAAGUCGUGCUUUGAGGUUGGUUCAGGUGUUGGUUUGGUUGGCAUCUGUCUUGCCCAUGUGAAAGCAUCCAAGGUCAUACUAAGUGAUGGUGACCUGUCAACUCUAGCAAACAUGAAGCUUAAUCUGGAACUGAACCGCUUGAGCGUUGAAACUGAUAUGUCAGAAACUACUGAAGAUCCAAAUAUGGUAAAAUGCAUUCAUCUGCCAUGGGAAUCUGUGUCAGAGAAGGAGCUUCAAAACCACAAGCCAGAUAUAAUUUUGGGUGCAGAUGUAAUAUAUGAUCCCGUGUGCCUCCCUCAUCUUGUUCGAGUACUUACCCUUCUUCUGAACCAGGAAAAACCAUAUCCUGACCAGUGCAGUAAUAAUCAUCCCGGCUUUUCAUUGGGAAGUAAAUGUAGUAGUGAUGCUAAAGUCAAUGCAACUCAUCAAGCAAAUGCUAGCAAUGGUGAUGAAUCCGUUGCUUCUCUAUGCAAAAGAACAGACAAUGGUGCAUCACAUGUUGGAUUGAAGAAACGUCCGACAGCUUUAAUUGCUUCUGUCAUUCGCAAUGUCGACACAUUCAAUAAGUUUCUCACUUUGCUAGACGAGGCCAACCUUACGAUCGAAGACCUAACUGAAUCGCAUAGGCCUCUAAAUUUUCUUCCUUACUUGAAGUCAUAUGAUCGCAGCACCGUACGACUGUUUUCCAUCUCAUGUAAAACUCUGAGGCUCCGAGGCUCAAAUCCCAGUUACUUUAUCAAAGUUUUUGAAUACCAUUCCAAACCCAUAAAUCAAAGUCACCAACUCACCAUGGCAGAGCUGAAGAACCAAGGAGAGGUUGCAGUGGAGCCGAUUCAUUUAUGGGCUACCCCAAGAUCACUGAGUACAAGCCUCAUGUACUCUUUUGCUCAGAGGGAUGACAUAGAAGUGCUUGAUGAACCGCUUUACGCAACUUUCCUUCGGGUGACAGGUUUCGAUAGGCCCUACAGGGAGGAAGUACUUUCCCAAAUGGAACCUGAUGGAAAUAAAGUCGUAAAUGAUAUCAUUCUUGGUCCAGGAAGCAAGAAGUAUCGCUUCUGUAAGCAUAUAGCAAAGCAACGUGUCCCUGGCUUACCAAUUGAUCUAAUGAAGAAAGGAAAGCAUGUCAUUUUGACGAGGAAUCCCCUUGAUAUAUUGCCAUCCUUUGGCAAGGUUGUGCCUCCAACCCUUGUUGAGUUAGGUUUCGCAGAUCUGGUCUGUAUAUACAGUGAGCUCUCCCAAUUGGGGAAGCCCCCACCUGUCAUUGUUGCAGCUGAACUUCAAGAAGAUCCUGAGUGUACACUGCGCGGACUUUGUGAAGACUUGGAUAUCCCUUUUCAGUCCACAAUGCUCAAGUGGGAGGCUGGUCCGAAACCAGUAGAUGGCAUUUGGGCUCCAUGGUGGUAUGAGAGUGUGCAUAAAUCAACAUGCUUUCAGCCAGCAAAAAAAUAUCCCAUGCCAUUUCCUUUUCCUCUGUAUGAUGUACUUGAGCAAAGUCUACCCUUCUACAACUUCCUUCGGCGCCAUAUGAGGCAGACAUCAUGCCUUAUGAAGUCUGGUUUGCCUGAACCCGAACUCCCAGUUCCAGAAAAUGAGAAGUUACUUGCAUGGGUUGGUGAUGAGAUUGUUCCACGAGAGAGUGCAAAGGUUUCUGUGUUCGACUCGGUUGUCCAAGGUGGUGAUUCAGUUUGGGAGGGACUUCGAGUUUACCAGGGGAAAAUAUUUAAGCUUGAAGAACAUUUGGAUAGGUUAUUUGACUCAGCAAAGGCUUUGGCAUUCAACAAUGUUCCUACUCGUGAAGAGGUUAAAGAAGCCAUAUUCAGAACUCUUAUUCGGAAUGGAAUGUUUGACAAUUCACACAUCCGACUAAGUUUAACUCGUGGCAAAAAGGUUACUUCUGGCAUGAGCCCAGCAUUCAAUCUUUACGGAUGCACCUUGAUUGUGCUUGCUGAAUGGAAACCCCCCGUGUAUGACAAUACAAAGGGUAUAACUCUUGUUACAGCUACAACACGUCGUAAUUCACCGAAUAAUUUGGAUUCAAAGAUUCACCACAAUAACCUGCUCAACAAUAUCCUUGCAAAGAUAGAAGGCAAUAAUGCAAGCGCUGAUGAUGCAAUCAUGCUUGACAAGGAUGGUUAUGUAUCUGAGACAAAUGCUACAAACAUUUUUUUAGUGAAGAAAGGUCGUGUAUUGACACCUCAUGCUGAUUACUGCCUUCCUGGUGUGACUCGAGCAACUGUUAUGGACCUUGUGGUGCAGGAGAAGUUUCCCCUACAGGAGAGAAAUAUCAGCCUAUCAGAGUUCCAUACUGCAGAUGAGGUAUGGACAACCGGAACAAUGGGAGAACUCAGUCCUGUUGUGAAGAUUGAUGGGCGUCUAGUUGGUGACGGAAAAGUGGGGCCCGUGACCCGAAGAUUGCAAAAUGCUUACAAACAGCUGACAGCAGAGUCUGGGGUGCCAAUACCAACCUAUCAUGAAAAGUGAUGAUUAUUGUUUCAAAGGGUUGUAAACUGUAAUUAGCAAUGGAUAAGAGAAUCUCUUGGUGCGUUGGUGGUAAUGACUAGAGCUUCUGUGAAAGAAAUGAAUAAAAGAACCAAUUCUCUCAAACAGCCCAAUUGUAGUUGAUACAGAUGAUGUGCAAUACAUUAUUGCUUUUGUAAUUUCAUUUUCUUUCUUUUUAGGGAGAACUCAAAAUGAACAACUUUGCUUUUGUAAGCUCUAUUGCUAUUGUUACAAACAAGUUGUACCAUGAUGCUGCAAUAAAUAAGUUCUUCUUUUGCUCAUCCAA